CUUUUGCAUUCCAGGAGACACUGGUAGUUUUAUUUCUCCGGACAGGCAGAGGAAACAGCGCCGGCCAAUGGGUCUAAGUCGCCGGGCCAAAGCGGCCGAGUCGCCGGCCACAACGUCGUCGACGUCCUCGAGGUUCCUGGCCUUCUUCUCGCACAAGAAGCAGGACGGCCAAGUGGAGGACGACAAACGGCCGCACCUUCGCAUCCGGACCAAAAAGCCCAAGAACCGGACCAGGCGCAGUAGGAGUCGGAGCUUCAGUGGCGGAGAAGAGGAGAGCAGCUCGGCCAGCACCAAGCUGUACACGCCGCCGGAUGGCCGGCCCAAUGUCCAGCUGGCCGCUCGAGUCGCACGUGAUAACUGCGCCGGCGUCUUCCCUCAGCGCUCGUCCCGUUCGUCGUCGCUGCGGUACUCGACCAGAUCGUCCGAGUCGUCGUCGUCGUCAAGAUCUUCCGGGUCUUCAUUGCGGAGAGAACGCCGACAAAACUUAGCGUUGGUAUUCGAACGGGACCAUGAUGCCCGUCUGAGAUCGUCGUCAGACGUUUCGUCCGUAGAUUCCGAAACGCAGGCGUCGCCAUCCAGCUUUGGGCCCCGCGAAAUGUGGCGCGAGAGCUCCGUGGACGAGUUUCUGAGUUGUUUCCCUCGAGAUCUGAUUGCAGACGUCCGGACCACGUGCCACGUCAAGAGCCCGAGGCGAUCGAAGGCCUACAUGCGCGGCCUGAUCGUGUCGCUGGAGUUCGAGAUCAGAGGGACCAAGUGGGCCGCAUAUUUUCUUCAGAUCGUGCACAAUGCUCGCAAGGAGAAGCGGAUCUCGCUGCGGUCGGCCAUCUCAGUCAAGUGGGCCAUUUGUGCGCAUGUGCAGGGUGAAGCUCAUGCACGACAGGAACAGCAGAAGAGAACGGAGAUGACACUGCAACGCAAGAUGACGGAGUAUCGCGUGGCCCUGCAGUGUGUGGCCGGCACGAGUGUCGUCAAGUAUGGCCGUAAGGGCAAACCUCAUGCUACGAACUUGUGUGUGGAGAACGGCGACACUUUACGCUGGACUUCGAAGCUACUGGCUCAGGCCACACACAUUGCUGUCGACGGCGUGGCAGCCACGACCACCAUGGGUAAGAAGCGUGUCAAGGCCAAGAACGCCAUUCCUCUGGCAAGCAUUCUACGAGUCACAUCCGGCCCUACGACUAGUGUCCUGGCCCGAGCGCUCCACAAAGGCACAUUGAAUCUGGACGACGCUGGAUGCACGUUGUCGGUGGUAACGCACACUCGCACAUUGGAUCUCAAGGCCAAAACGGCCGAGGAAAGGGAGUGGCUACAACGCAGUCUGGAGUUCCUAGUGGACCUGGCCCGUGAUCACGAACGACGAGUGGCCCAGCAAGUGGAGCUUACAAUUAUGAAGCGCAUGGAGAAUUUACCUGUCUGGAAAUAUGGCCGUAAAGGUAAACCACACAAGACACGGGUCUUCGUGGAUCGAUUCGGAGAAGUGUCGUGGCUGGGCCGUAGCGGAGACUCACUGCAGCUCGAUGAGAUCAUUUCAGUACACGAAGGCCACCAUACGCCCGUGUUCGCCAGAGCUCGAGCAGCGGGGUUGGUAACGUCGGCCAAGGCUGCCCACUGCUUCUCUCUGGUAACAUCGGUGCGGUCUCUUGAUAUCGAGGCAGUAAACGAGCAACAACGCGACUGGUUUGUGGUGGCCUUCCGCUAUCUACUGGACAAGGUACACGAGAAGACGGCGGCAAUGCAGCGAGAACGAGCCGAGAGACAACUUCGCAUGCUACAAGAUCUGUGUCGCGAUGAUGAUGAAGACUACCUCACUGGAGACGGCGACGAUAUCUACUACGAUGACCUCCCACCAGCACGACACUCGUAAGUUUCCAUGUGCUUGAAAAAUAAUUGCGUACUCACUACAAUCUUUUGAGAAAUUCAAGAUAAAAUACAAAGCAAAACAGGUAUCUAUUCUAUGCUUAUGGUGUUCCAUUUCAUCGCGGAGCGAA